CGAAAAUUGCUGCAUGCAUCUCAAAUCAUUGUAUUGAGAGCGCGUCUAUUGAGUGUGCAUCGUGAAAGGUGCUCCGUGAGUUGUGACGUUGUUGCUGCUUGCCCACAAACGCGCGCGCCUUCUUCAUGAGCAAGAACAAGAGCACACCUUCGGCUGCAAGCAAUCAGGAAGUCAAUACCAACAACUGAUCUUCAUACUUCAAACAUCGACAUCUCCAAGGCCAUGGUCUCCAAUUGGAUCAUCGCAGCCUCUACGGCAGCAGUACUAGCCUUCUACUACGAUUUCAAGAGCUGGCAGAGCUAUGGAACCGGUGGCACACCGCCAACGCUACAAGGCUAUCUCAAGAUCCGACGAUGGGGUUUGUAUCUGCUCUAUAAACGACAGAACCUCCUCGAUCCAUCUCCGAUUCCAGAUACAGGCGUAUCAUACAUCAAACCCGGCAAAGUACCAGAGAGGCCAGGUCUCCCACCGAGCAUCACUCGCUGGACACUGCCUCAACGCCAAUAUCCGCAGCCAAUCACAAAGGGUGCGUUAACAGAACUAAAUAACCUCAUGCAGACCUUCGCUAGCACAGCAUCUUAUUCAGAGUACAUCGAGACACGAUCAAGCAAAACAGAGGGCGGCACUGGUCCUGCAAUCUACGUCAAGCCAAAUGUGAAGACGAUCAAUCCGGUGGCACACAAGAUCUUCUACGAAGUCGCUCACGUGCAUCCCAAGGAAAAUUCGCUACACGUAUAUGUCAGUCCAAAGGACGCAAAGACGAUCGUGAGCAGAGGCUGGGGACAGCGCUUUCCAGUCACUUGGUUGGCACCUCCAAGCUGGAUCAUGGUGUAUGCUCCAAGAAAUGAGAGGGAGCUUGAGGUCGUGAAGGAGAUUGUCAGGGCUGCGAUCUGUCAUGCGGUGGGUAUGGAAGUUUCUGAUGUAAAGCCCUAAGUGCAAGUGCAGAAGCACAGGAAUGGUAGCUUCUCUUGAAUGGGAUUGGGAGCGACAAAGACUGAGCAUGCGCAUUUAUAACUACGAUACGGCCAAGGCUUUCAUCAAGCAUACUUGAAUCCUCUCUACAAGCAGUUCGAAGGGGAAAUGUGCUCUCUUGAGCUGAAGGCUGAAGCAACGCCCAGAACAGUUUUCGUGUUUUGUAUGACACAG